UGUCAUCUCAGUUGUUAUUGCAGUAUCAGGUGUUGUCGUUUCAGUUGUUAUUGCUGUAUCAGGUGUUGUUGUUGUUGUUGUUGUUUCAGUUGUAAUUGCUGUAUCAGGUGUUGUUGUCGACUCAGUUGUUGUUGCUGUAUCAGGUGUUGUUGUCGUCUGAGUUGUUGUUGCCGGAUCAGGUGUUGUUGUCGUUUCAGUUGUUAUUGCCGUAUUAGGUGUUGUCGUUUCAGUUGUAAUUGCUGUAUCAGGUGUUGUUGUUGUUUCAGUUGUUGUUACCGUUUCAGGUGUUGUUGUCAUCUCAGUUGUUAUUGCUGUAUCAGGUGUUGUUGUCGACUCACUUGUUGUUGCCGUUUCAGGUGUUGUUGUCGUCUCAGUUGUUGCUGUAUCAGGUGUUGUUGUUGUUUCAGUUGUUGUUGCCGUAUCAGGUGUUGUUGUCGUCUCAGUUGUUGUUGCUGUAUCAGGUGUUGUUGUCGUUUCAGUUGUUGCUGUAUCAGGUGUUGUCGUUUCAGUUGUUGCUGUAUCAGGUGUUGUUGUAGUCUCAGCUGUUGUUGUUAUUUCAGUUGUUGUUGUCGUAUCAGGUGUUGUUGUCAUCUCAGUUGUUGUUGCCGUCUCAGUUGUUGUUGCCGUAUCAGGUGUUGUUGUCAUUUCAGUUGUUGUUGCUGUAUCAGAUGUUGUUGUCGUCUCAGUUGUUGCUGUAUCAGGUGUUGUUGUCUCAGUUGUUGCUGUAUCAGGUGUUGUUGUCGUCUCAGUUGUUGCUGUAUCAGGUGUUGUUGUAGUCUCAGCUGUUGUUGUUGUAUCAGGUGUUGUUGUCAUCUCAGUUGUUGUUGCCGUCUCAGUUGUUGUUGCCGUAUCAGGUGUUGUUGUCAUUUCAGUUGUUGUUGCUGUAUCAGGUGUUGUUGUCUCAGUUGUUGUUGCCGUAUCAGGUGUUGUCGUUUCAGUGUUGUUGUCGUCUCAAGUGUUGUUGUCGUCUCGAGUAUUGUUGUCGUCUCGAGUGUUGUUGUCGUCUCAGGUGUUGUUGUUAUCACUUCCGAUGUUUGGGUCACUACAGGUGUUGUUGUCGCCUCAGAUGUUGUUGUCGUGUCAGGUGCUGUUGUCGCUGCAGGUGUCUCAAAUGCGAGUUGUGCAUUGGCUGUGAUUGAUGAGGAGCCUGUGAGAUUAUGA